AUGCGGGCUUACAUGAAAAAAGUUUUGUACAGGGAAAAUAUCGAAAAACGUACUCUCCGUCUCGGCCUGAUCCACGAUCGCCUAUCGAAUGAGACGGAAGAACAACGUGCCCACCGCCUCGGCGUGCUCCACAAUCGUCUAUUGAAUGAGACGCAAGAGCAACGUGCCCACCGCCUUGGCAUGAUCCACGAUCGUCUAUCAAAUGAGACCCAAGAGCAACGUGCUCACCGCCUUAGCAUGAUCCACGAUCGUCUAUCGAACGAGACGCAAGAGCAACGUGCCCACCGCCUUGGCAUGAUCCACGAUCGUCUAUCGAAUGAGACGCAAGAGCAACGUGCUCACCGCCUUAGCGUGAUCCACGAUCGUCUAUCGAACGAGACGGAAGAGCAACGUGCUCACCGCCUCGGUGUGAUCCACGAUCGUUCCUCGAGAGACGGAAGAGCAAGGCUCCCUCGGACUAUCGAACGAGACGGAAGAGCAACGUGCUCACCGCCUCGGUGUGAUCCACGAUCGUCUGUCGAACGAGACGGAAGAGCAACGUGCUCACCGCCUCGGUGUGAUCCACGAUCGUCUAUCGAAUGA